AUGGCAAAUAUUUUAACACGAAAAAUGGAUAAGCGUGAUAUCGAUGAGAUGGAACUGAAGCUGGAGCAAACUGCUAUGGGGCUACUCUUCAACAAGGAACAAUUUCGAGUUCUUACCUCCAAAGAACAAAAGGUUGUUUGUGCGAAUGCUGCAGCGGCUCGUCAAACUGUCAGCGAAGGCUUUAAGCGUGACGAUGAGAAAUACAAGGAUAUUGACGAGAAACUUGCAAAAGCAGAUUCUUUGUUGAAAAAUCAAAAUUUGGCAGGCGUUGAUAUCGUCUCGAGAAUGAAAAUUCAAAACGGAAUGGUAUGA